GUCUUCCUGUAUCCUCCAUUGCACAUUCACAAUAGAUGAUGCAUCAGCUGGUAACAUUGUAGCAGCACUCAUCUAACAGCACUGGGUACCAAUGCUGGGAGGAAGACUGAUUUUUUUUUUUUUUUCUGUUUUGAGGUUGCUCAAUCAAACCAAGGGAUGAGGGGUCCUUGCAUCUCUGGUGGCUUGUCAUUGUGUGCUGACUGUCUGGGUCUUCCUAUGGUUUAAAUGAAAUGCUGAUGGAGAGGUUCACCUGUCUGAUUUGGACAGAGCUGCAAGACUUUCCUGUAUGAUCUCAACGUGAGGUUGUUUUUUUUUUGUUUUUUUGCCAAUCCAGCCUGCUAAAAUCUGUGUGGAGUAGGUAGGUACAUUGCUAACAGUGAUCCUGUCAAUAAAUAAAUGGUCAUUUUAUAUAUAUAUAUAAAGCCAUUGUCACAGUAUGUGGCUAAACCCAGCCUGUUUAACCAUGUGACAUACUCAGGGCCUUGGGUUAUGUAAAAGGAGGCAGUAGAAGUAGAGAACAAGGGCAUUAGUGAAUGUCUCACUACUCAAAAUGCCAUUUAUUUUCCAUUUUUAUAAAUAUCACAUUUUAGCUAUUUUUUCCUGCGAUGUUCUUAAAAAUUGUAUCAGUUUGCCUUAAUAUGGUUAGUCUAAGGAUUGGGGGUUGUUUCACUACUGAUUUCUCUGCAUAUCUUUAUAAUUGGUCAUAAAUGUGAAAUAAAAAAAAAUAACAGGUUAAAAAGAUGUAAUUGCAGAAUACAGACACCAAACUCUAUGUAAGCCAUUUUAUCAUGCAGUUGUUUUAAUCUAUGACAUGCUAAAUGUCCUCCUGUGUGUGUACUGUGAAUAUAUUGUAUAUAUUUGUACUCCCACACACAUUAGAUUAAACAGAUAUACCUGGUCCUUGACACCUCAUUCCUGUCAGCCCAAAAUUGAAUGUUGUCACCCACGGUUUGUUUACCCAAACUGCGGAAAGUUUGGCAAUAAACUAACAAUAAUUCCUGUAAAAAAGAAAUGAGUUUACAUUUUAAAUACAUAGAAUAAAACACUCUUAUAAAAUAUACAUUUCCUGUCUCUGGAUGACAGCAGUUAAUGGAAGAAAACACCUUUUAUUAGUUUAUAACUGGGACCUACCUUGUGUUUCAGUAUUUACAGGCUUACCUCUAUUAAAUGGGGACAUUUUGUUUUCUUUUAUAUCCAUUAAGGUUAUAAAUCUGAACACUUUACUCAAAGGGAAAAUCACUCUCUUCACUUUACUCAAAGGGAAAAUCAGACAUCUGUCUGUCUGUCCUUCCGUCUGUCUGUCUAUUCAUGUCUGUCUGUCUGUCCGUCCGUCUGUCCGUCUAUCUCUCUGUCUGUCUGCCUGUCUGUCUGUCAAUUCACCUAUCUGUCUGUCCUUCCAUCUGUCUGUCUAUUCAUGUCCGUCUGUUCGUCUAUCUCUCUGUCUGUCUGUUUGUGUAUUCUGCUUGGAGCUCUCUCUCACGCUUCUUAACUCUGUUAGUUUCUCACUGUUUUUAUUUUGUCAUAGCCUGUCACAGUUUUCUCUAGGUCUGACUCAUUCUUUUUCAAUCUUGUCUCUCUGAAAUAGUCUUGAAUUUUUUUUAGAACCUUAUUCAAUACCACAUACAAUGUUGAACAACCUAAAUAUAUAUCCAUAGAGGCAUAGAGGGCAGAUGGAACAGAGGAGAUUAUUUAUUAAAAUAAAAAUUCAAAGGAAAUUUCAGAUUUAAAGGGACACUAUUGUCUCCAGAAUCCUUACAACUUAAAGGAACAUAAUAGUGUUAGGAAUACAGGUGUGUAUUCCUAGCUACAGUGCCCUGGUCACUAUUUAGGUGACCAUACCCCCCUCCCGCAAGAGUUACCUUGUUUCCCACGCCAUGUUGCUCUGUCUGUGACUGGUCCCGCCUCAUUGGCUGAGGUCAUCAUUGAGAUUAAGUGGUCUGGGGGACUGUAGUGUUCCGUUAUAGUAGUAGUUCUUUAGCAUUUCACAGCAAGAUCAGCAAUGUAAACACUACUUUUUUAGAGAAAAGGCAGUGUUUACAUUGCUGCAUAGUAACACCUACGUUCAUCGGGGCGCACCCCAUAGAGAAGCAUGGAUUCAAUUUAUGUCUAUGAAGAGAUGCUGAUUGACGCAGUGCAACAUUCUGCUGUGCAUGCGCAAUAGCCUUCCUAUGAUUUCCUAUAGGAAAACUUUGCAAACCUCCCAAUAUUUCAAACGGACAAAAAGGGACGCUUUAAUUUUAGAGGUGUGACUGGGAGUGUCGCAAGGGUCGGGGCUCUUCUGAGACAUAUUAGGUGACUUAUUAAUAACAAAGUUUGCAACUAAAAUGUAAUUUAGAAAAAGAAUGUGUCUUUUUAACAUUGAUUCAUUCUAGAAAAAUGUAUUGUAGUCUAAAGACACAUUUGCUGUAAAUAUUAUUGCUGUGGAGCCCUGUUAUACACUUAGACACACCAACAAUAUAUAGAGUGAGACAUUAGGAUAGAAAAGAGAGACGGGGGAUCUGAGGAAGAUAUUAAUUAGAGUGGCUGAGAUCAACAAGAGACAGAAUCAGAAAAAAGCAGAGGUAAACUGAAUAAAGUAUGACUAGGUGUGACUUCAAAGUGAAUUUCAAAUUCUAGACUUCUAUUCAUAGCUAAAGUGGAUUUUUUUUUCUUUUUACAUAUUUAGGGCUAGAGUGUGAAAUUCACUGUGAAUGCCUGAUAAUUCGCACUUUGGUGAAUAAGACUGCGAGACACAUACCUCCUACCUAGACCUUGUCCUGAUUUGAAGGUUUAUGUCCCUCUGCCCUGCUUUGGUUCUUCUGCACCCAAUUCUAGCUACACCACAUACCAAGUCCCCAGGAAAGGCAGCACAUGAAACUUUAAUGAGUUUUUUUGCCUGAGCGUUGCUACCUUUGGACAUUUUUCCCAAUUCAUCCUAUUCCCUCCAGUCACACUUACAUACAUUGCAGUGCUAGGAUUAUAGAGAAUACUAGUGGGAAAAAAGACCCAAAGAGAGUGCGAGACAACAAUAUGAAGGAACAGAGACUGAGAGAAGGAGAUAAUAUUUUCACAGCCUGCUGUGUUCCAUAAUAUCUCUGGGUCAUUUUCUGCAUUCCUCUGUCAUCCUCUUUGUCUGUUCUGUUAUAUUUUUCCAUCUCUGGGUUUCUCUCUUGGCCUUUCAGUUAUGGCACCUCUCCAUCACAGACUAUUUCUAACUUGAUCAAUGUCUCUCUUGCGUUGCCUGCGUGUCUUUUUUUCCCACCUUUUGCCUUACAUAUAGAAUCGAGAAGGGGAAUUCUCAGCACUCUCACUCCUUCAAUGAGUAGAGGACGACUGGAACCAUAGUCCCGACCCUCGGGUGUCUCUGGCAUCUCUGCUGUAUCAGUAAAGCUAGGUACUCAGUACCACCAUUCAGAUCUCAGUAGUUACAUGUUUUUGCUACAAUCAGUUCCUAUAGAAUUGAUACAGAAGUCUAGAGGAUCAAAUCUGGUCUAUGGUUCUUGUGUUUGACAUUCCAAUACGAUUCCUUAUAGUUCUUUGUCUUAUUUCCAUUGUUUGUUCAUGUAUAUUGAAUGUGUUGCUUCUCUAUGUCAGUAGUCAGUCUGGCAAAUGGACGGCCAUAGAUCUAAACAAAGCAUAAUUUCAUACACAUAGCCUUUUAAAUCAUCUGGGUUCUCACAACCUACAGCAGUUUACGUAUAUUUCUGGUCACAUUUUUGUGAUUGGAACUGUGUCCACUGAAUGCCAUGCCUAGUGACCAUGUAUGUUCACUGCCAUGGAUUGGGCUCUCUAUGGGAAAUUAAACACAAUCUCACUAAAUCUACACCCUGACAGUAUAUAGGUCAAGACCACCAAAACCACAGUACUAGGCCCUUCUCAUCCACCAUUAUAGAGAAAAUGAAGCUAUUGUUACUCACGUUUUUGUUAGUUUCAAAAGUGUUGAUAAUGCACAAACCAUGCAAUAAAACCACCCUGGGAGUACAAGCCUUGACAUUUUAGUAUAUACUAAGCCAAUAGAGCACAUGGCUCACUCCAUCUUUGCGCAAGUUGUUUUAAAAAAAAAUAUGGUACCGUGCCUACACCAUUGGAGAAUUGUGAUAUUAAUUCAUUAUUAGCAGCUAUCUCUUCCAAUCGAUAUCCCUGGAUCAGAAGCAUCCUAGUGAAGCACUUUCAUCAUGGAACUUUGAUAUAGGAACUUUGAUGUUGUUAUGGUGUCAGCUGAUGUUCUAAGCCAAUCAGCUCCCCAUCCACAAAACAUCUUGAGAAAAGUACAUAUUUUUCUCAAACCAUGUUUAUUGAUGGUGAGCUACUGACUGGUUUAAGCAAGGUUACUUUUGACACUACAGAUGCUGAAGACUACAUCUCUCUAAAUGCUCUUCAGCCAUAAUGCUGGGAAAGCAUCAGGGCGGAUGUGGUCCACAACAUCUGGAGUGCUAAAGGUGACCUUGCACCUGGCUUAGAACAUCAGCUGAUGCUCUUAGCCAAUCAGUGGUGCUCCUGUCCAUAGAAGUACAAUAUUUCCUGUUUGAAGCAACUGGAGGCAUGUUCUUGUACAAAUAUAAACAUUGUAAAUUCAAGGUAUAUGACCAUUGACCAUUGUAUUUGUAGCAUCUAGUGUAUGUAUAUAAAUAAUUGUAAUCAUAUGCCACAAAAUAUUUCUGCGUCUAUGCUAACAUUUCACACCCCCUCAGUAAUAUCGUAAAAUAAAUAAAUUCAUAUAAUUUUAAUACUUUCUGUUUCCCCAAUAUUUCUUAAAGGAUGAUUAAAUAAAUGAAUAAUUAGACAAAUAUACAUUUAAACCAAAUUCAAUUUUAGGUAUCCCUGGACAACAGCCAAUACAAAAUCUUAACUAUGCGUCUCAAAUUUAAAAAAAAAUGAUUUGGAAAUUUAAAGAAAGUGAUGUUGGUGUAAGGGGUUAGGUUAGUGGAUAGCUGAAUUAAAUUUUUUUGUUAAGUUCACUUUUGUAACUGAAUUAAUUAUUUUGGAUUUGAGGGAAAUACAUACUUUUAUAUAGCCUUCAAUGUCAUUUUGCUGUUUUUUGUGUGUGAGGUUUUUUAUAUUCAUUUUUCAUAAAUUUGUAUUUGGGUUAAUCUCUUUAAUCAUAAUUCAUUUGAACAUAUGCCAGAAACAGAAUUAUACAGUCAAAGCCUAAAGGGCUUGGGGGGUGCGUGUCUCUUUGUAAAACCCUAUUGGAACUAUUAAUGAGGUCAGCCCCUACAUUCCACAAUAAACCUGGAAAAAUAAGUUUAUUUACUUACCUUGAAUCCAGUACCGGCAAAACUCCCAGCGCUUCCGCCCACACCUCCAUCCAACCUUAGCAAGGACUGUUUUGCUGGCUCAGAACACGCAAUCUGAGCCGGCAAGGGGAGGUAGGAAGGAAGUGAGGAGGGAGAUUUGGAGGGAGGAAAGGUGGAAAAUAUAAUUAACAUAAAAACAAAACAAGCACUAUUGAGGGCUUAUAGAGGUGUGGAGGGCUCCACUCUGUGAUGAAGAGAGGAAGGGGAGAAAAAUAGUUCCUCUUGCAGACUCUGCCAGCAUGCACACUGACAAUGGACAUAUUUUGCACAGAAUUGACGUUUGGAAAUUAGUUCCCAGGCUGCCAAAGUCACGUGUGCUGGGUGGCUAACUAUCCUGGGAAAGUUUAAGGAGACUUGACAAGUUUGGUGUCAAGAAACGUGAGUGGGCCUGACCUCGGUUCCACUGAACACCUUUGGGAUGAAUUGCAAUGCUGAUUGUGAGACAGACCUUCUUAUCCAACAUCAGUGCCUGGACCUCACAAAUGCUUUUGAUCCAAGAUUUUGUGGGAGCAGUGGAGGCAACUCCAUUUUAAUGGCCAUGGUUUUAGAAUAAGAUGUCCAACAAUCUCAUACAGGUGCCCAUAUUUUGGUAAUAAGCCAUAGUGCAUAAAUUGCCAUUGUGCUCAGUCUGCCCUUUAAGCCAUAUUAUUGUUUAAGCUGUAUUAGGUCAAAGAAGGGUAGCCACAAUGUGGAUUUGCUAAACAAAUCCAGGAAAACACUCAUUAUCAACCUUGGAUGAAUGCACACCAGGCACUCUUGUGUACUGACUUUCACACCCACACUUUGCUCAUGGCCUCAAUGUCCUGAGUGCAUUUAGUUCAGCACAAGCACAUUUAUUGAUGCUUUCACACUUCACUUCCUGAGGAGAAUUCUUAGUUGUCCUCUGAUGAGAGACACCAAGGAACAAGGAUGGUGGGAGAGUGAAAACAUGGAUUGUGUUGUAGGAUGGAAGAUGGCAUAUAUGCAAUACAAUAAAGUCAUUUUUAUUCACAUAACAAUCUCUGAACUUGUGUAUGCCACAACCAAUAUGGAGAGCUAUAUACAGAAUACAUUGCUGGUUUGAUUUAUAAAAGGACUAGCCACGAGUCCCAUAAACUGUCAUAGAAUGUCCUGAGUGCAUUUAGCACUCAGCUAUAUACAGAAUACAUUGCUGGUUUGAUUUAUAAAAGGACUAGCCAUGAGUCCCAUAAACUGUCAUAGAAUGUCCUGAGUGCAUUUAGUUCAGCACAAGUACAUUUAUUGAUGCUUUCACACUUCACUUCCUGAGGAGAAUUCUUAGUUGUCCUCAGAUGAGAGACACCAAGGAACAAGGAUGGUGGGAGAGUGAAAACAUGGAUCGUGUUGUAGGAUGGAAGAUGGCAUAUAAGCAAUACAAUAAAGUCAUUUUUAUUCACAUAACAAUCUCUGAACUUGUGUAUGCCACAACCAAUAUGGAGAGCUGUAUACAGAAUACAUUGCUGGUUUGAUUUAUAAAAGGACUAGCCACGAGUCCCAUAAACUGUCAUAGAAUGUUAAGGUAUCAAUGUGUUCUUUCCCAGGAAAUCUCAUCUUCCAAAUUUGAAAUCUUCCGACCACCACCUACAUAGGACAAUGGGAACUACUGAAGCCACUCUCCGCAUGGAGAAUGUGGAUGUGGAGGUGAAGGAGGAAUGGCAAGACGAAGACUUCCCUAGGUAUGCUCUCAUUUAAUAUAGUAUACUCAGCCGAGCAGCAUAACUACAAAUAUCAAAAGGUAAAUUAAAAUGAAACAAAAUAAUUAACUUUGUAAUACUAGCUGAGGCCUCGAUUUAAUACGCUUUCAAAAUGUCUUAAUACUGUUAGAAAGAUUUACAAAUAAUGUACCUACAAAAAUUCCCAUAGACUUUAAUGAUAAAUCACUUGGGAAGUUUUCUAGCAGUAUUGAGUCAUUUAUUAAGUUGAGGCACAAAUGUUUGCCACCCUGGGCACAGACCUUCUUGGCCGUUUCCCUUAAUUCAGGUUAUCUCUAGACUUGUGCAAAAAAAAAUUUGGUGACGGUUUGUCAGCAAGUCCUGUUGACCCACAUCAGAAUGAAUUGAACUGUCCUGAAUUUCCCGGUGGAGUCUUAUUUGAUGAAUAAGACUCCAUAGGUAAACCCCAGGUGGAUUGUUUUGUUCGGUUGUUGACUAAAAAAUAUUUGAUUUGAUUGAACCAUCUCAAAUUAAUUUAUGCACUAGUCUAGUAAUUUCUACAUGCUGGCAAUGGUACUGGAAAAGUGCUGAGCAGACGUCUUAAAAUACCUUACACAUGGAUGGUAUGCCAUUAGAUCUGACUGGUUUAAUUACCUUAGGCAGCAUAUAACUUCUACAUACUCCUGGAAAGUAUAUUAAUUAUGGUUGUGUGCUGUAUCAGUGGUAUGAGAAAUUUUGUAUUCUGCCAAUUUUAAUUUUUGCCAUUUAACAUACCUCCCGACAUUCGUCCUCUGGAAGUCGGGAUUGGUGGGCGGAGUCCUUAGGUGGCAUCGCCAGGGGCGCAAGUCUUGUCACUAGUGAUGUCGCCCGAGCGUUUUGUGUCCAAAAGGGAGCAAGACCGCCACUUAACAGGCAGAUUGGCCAGACCCCAGCCAACAUACCAUGUAGGAAGUGCUGCAAAAGCACUCCAUGCAUGGUCCUAGUGCCCGCUCACACUGUACUGCCCAGGAACAGCUUCCUGGUGUCUCCAGAUGCAUGGCACCAGGAAACUAAAGCGGGACAGCGGCACAACACCCCAAAAUCAGGACUGUCCCUCUAAAGGCGGGACAGUUGGGAGGCAUGCUUUAAUCUCUAACUACUGGCUUAUUCUGCUCCACUUUUUCUCCUCUUUUCUUCCUAAAGCCUUACUUCCUCAGAUUUUCUCUUUAAACCAUUUAUCCAUUCCUUCCAUUCCCCCUACUCUUUUAGUGCUAUUUUCCUUUUCAGAUUAUCAGGGAUACCCACUAAAGCAAGAAUUGUUGGGAAUUCAAAGUACAUUCAAAUAAUAUUUUAAAUUUAAGGCCAAAGCAGAUGAUCUGGAAACAUAGGUGACUUGAACAAUUCUUGCAGUUUGGCAAUUUUGACCUUAAAUUUGAAAUUCACUUUGAACGCACUUUAAUUCCCUGGCAAUUCUUACUUUAGUGCAAAGCCCUGUUGUUUUCAUCCUACAUAUGUGUAUUUUUACACAUCUGAUCUGAUAGACAUUGGUGCAAAAGUAACCCUCGUUAAAAUCAUGUUUAACAAAUACAAGACUCGAGACUUUGAGUUGCAUUGCUCUAGUGGAAUCGCAUUACUGGGAAAAAAAUGUGAAUUCUUCACAGGCUCGGCUCCACAGCUGCAGUGAAACUGUUGUGCUCUCUGUCACAGAAUAAGCCUGUGUCUAAGUAAGGAAAAGAGUCUAUGAGAUGGUCCCAUGUUCAUUCAUAGUUUGAAUUCACAAACGUGCAGCUGUGAGCCUCCAUCUGCAGAGAAGGGAUGUGGGUUCAUCUCAUACGGAUAGAGCAAAGGGGAUAUACCAAACAGUGGAAGCUAUUUCAACAAUACAAUCAUUGUAUGCUGUUUAAGAUAUAUAAGGCAUAAAAUAAUAUAUUUUUUUAAAUCUAAUGUUUAUUGAGAAGUUUUCAUUUAAAAAAAUAAAAAUAAAAUAAAUAUAUAUAUAUAAUGGGGGUACAGUAAGGAAAAGGGGGAGGUAGGGUACAAAAAAUAAAGUCACCACUCAGUUCAUGUUAGCUUAUUAUACAUAACAUAGAACAGAGAAUCCUUGCCAAAAAUAAUAUAUUUUGACAUUAUUGUUAUUGCCUAGAAUUGAGUAGGAAUUUCAUUAGUAGGUUUGUGCUAAGGUGUUUAUUAAAGGACCACUAUAGUGCCAGGAAAACAUACUCGUGCCCCCACCCUCAGUGUCCCCUCCCGCCGGGCUCUGGGGAAAGGAAGGGGUUAAAAUCUUACCUUUCUCCAGCGCCGGGCGGGGAGCUUUCCUCCUCCUCUCUUCCUUCCAAGCGACGUCAUCGGCUGAAUGCGCAUGGGCGGCAGGGAGCCGCGUGCGCAUUCAGCCAGUUCAUAGGAAAGCAUUUACAAUGCUUUCCUAUGGACGCUGGCGUCUUCUCACUGGGAUUUUCACAGUGAGAAGCACGCAAGCGCCUCUAGCGGCUGUCAAUGAGACAGCCACUAGAGGCUCUAGAGGCUGGAUUAACCCUCAGUGUAAACAUAGCAGUUUCUCUGAAACUGCUAUGUUUAUAAAAAAAAGGGUUAACCCUAGCUGGACCAGGCACCCAGACCACUUCAUUAAGCUGAAGUGGUCUGGGUGCCUAUAGUGGUCCUUUAAGUACCUGAGCACCAAACUGUAGUGAAUUGAAAAUCGCUAAAUUUAGGUAAAAACAAUGGAAAUAUUCUGUCUUUCUUCUAUACAGAUUGUCUGUUUUACUUUCAUUUAGCAGUUUGAUUGUCAAUUUACUGCAAUUCAAUGUUCAGGGGAUAAUAGAGUCCACAUGUUGGAAUGUUGGAAUGAUUCUAACCGUUUAUAUUAAACUCAUUAGUGACUUUGACUGCACAGUAGUGAUUGCCUUCAUUGUGAGGUUACAUUAAAGGGACUACAUCCACGCAGGGCUGGAAAUAAGGUAAGUUUUAAACUUUUAUAGGGGGGCUGAGGUGGGCAAGCCACCUAUAUGGUGGGUUAAACACUAUAGGGUCAGGAACACAUGUUUGUGUUCCUGACCCUAUAGUGAUCCUUUAAUAAUGUUGGUUGUGGCUUAUAUCUCUGUCAGUGGCAUUUUUGGAUUUUUCUUGAAUGUUUAGAAAUAUAAACAUAAAAAGCUAAGAAUAAAGGUGUUGUAUAAAUGACUUACUGUUGUCAGUGUUGCUAUUAUAAUGCUGGUAAAGUGUUCAUUACGUAUUAAGAUAUAGUCUGCAGUCGGGCUUUUACAAUUUAGAAAACCAAUGGAUGCAAUCACCAUUAAGCAUUAAAAGGGCAGCGAUGCUUAAACAUAAGUUGAUAUUAGGGCAGGUUUAGAGAGAUAUAUAUGUAUGUUUUCAAAAACCAAGGUAAGCGACAUUAUCCAUGCAUUACUUACCAUGCAACUUCUAAUCUCAGGGCAAUGUCUUAACAUGCAUGAUCCCGCCAACCUGAGAUUAGUUAGAGUUGCAUUCCCAGGCAGCAGCUUUAAAGGGACACUGUCACCGUCUUCGUCUGGGAACUUUGAAUAAUUUGCAAAGAUCCCCAGCUGUAAAAUUGCUUCUGGGGGUCCAGAGGGACAGGCAAAGGUGAGUUCAACUGACCUGAAUCUGUCCUUUGUGGGUGCAACCAUCUUCUUCCAGCCGGUCCUCUUCAGCUCUUGGUACUUCAGCGUCAGGAGCCGGCGUCACUGCUCUAAAAGAUUUCAUCUUUAUGAAAUCCUCAUUUUGCAGAGAGAGGCGACAGUGCUGCUUUAAUGCACACUCCAUCACUGCCACCAUUACAUUACACUCUUUACCAAUAUUGAUAAAAAUCAAGAGAAUCUGAAGAGACAGAGAUAGAGCAAUGCAGUCUCCCAGCUCCAGCUCCUCUCCCAGCAUAUCAGUUUUGGAGAAGUUCUGAAUUAAUCGCAUCAACUGCAAAUAACAUCUACUGGCUGGUAGAGAAACGUGCACCAAAGUCGGGCAGAUUGAGGCAUGUACGGCCUAGCUCUGUCCUAGCCUAACCAUAACCUUAAUUUUACAAUAUUCUGUUUUAUAAUAGAGUCUCAUGGUUUUGUUAUGAUGUCUCUUGAACAUCUUUCUGAUUGGUUCUCCGCUAUGUAUAGGGCUGCUUGCUACUAUAUUCUUUUGUUGACAAAGUUGUGAUUAAUGUCUACUGUUUAAAGGAUUGCAUCUAAGGAACAGUGUAAUUUUUAGUAUUUCCUACAUGGAUAUCUGUUUGUUUGUGAAUGUGUUAGUAUUUUGUGCGUAAAUCCAUGGGCAAGUUCCACCAUGUGAGCUUGAGUCUUUAAAUGUAUUUUCAUACAUGAGUCUGUACCUGAACAUACAUGUGUAUGUAUGGAGGUUUACCUAAGUAUGUGUCUUUGUCUCUACCUGUGUUUGUGUGCGCUUGACUGUGUGUCUGUGAGCGUGUACCUAAAUCUAUAAUUGUGUGUAUAUAUAAAGGUAUGCAUGUACAUGUGUGUGUCUGUGAAGGUGCAGUUGUGUGUACUUGUGUGCAUAGGAUAAUCUAGAAUGCAUGUCAAGGAGGAGUUUGUUUUAUUCUAGCCCAAGAUUGGGUGCUGUUUAAAAGAUGUUUAUAUUAUUGCACGUUAUCGUUUUCAUUAUUGCUUCCACAAAUGGCACAAAGCAUAAUUGUUACAGUGAAAUUGCUGUGCCAAUUUUGGUCCUUCUUCUGAACUUGGCAGAGGAAAAGUCCUCUUGGUCUAUUCGCCAGCGGAUGAAAGCUUUUAACUGCAGAAUUUGCUUAAUGAUUUAGUCAUAAACAAUGCAAUGCAACGGGCCAAGAUAAUAGGACUCUCUGCCCUUCAACCCGUGCGAAUGGAAUAUUUUUGUUAUUAUAUAUGGUGUAUGCCUGCAAGUUCUGUCCACGAACAACUUGUGUUUCAAUCAGACUUCUCGAGAAAGAAUCCAUGCGAGAUGCAUCACUUUCUAAUUUAUAAUGCAACACGUUGAUCUUCAUAAUAUAUGACAUUUAGAUAUAAAAUACAAAUAAUAAGAAGAAGACAUCGAAAUACAGCUCUUUUGCAUUUUGUGGAACAGUUUCUCUUCUGCAGUGGGUGAGACAAAAAAAAUGCGUAUGAAUGAAUCAUUUCUAUAGUAGAUCUGUUGACAAGAAUGGCAUGCUAAUGAAUGCACUGCAGACUGUGCUUUCUGUUUCUGUAAUGUAUAAAUAUAGCUCUUUGUGAUUUGUGACCAGGACUGUGCUGUGAAUUAGGAAGGAGGAGCUCCUGUGUGUGUGGCUGUGUGCAUCUCUCGUCAUGUCUGUAAUGAUGCUGUGGAGAUGAGACACAGACGCAUCUGUUUGUUUAGAGGCUAUUUGCCAAAAAUGAUUCAAAUGCAUUGUGGGAAAAAGGAGACAUCAGUUUGUCAUAACAGUGAGGUUCUAGAAGAUCUUAGGUCUGUUUUGAGGGAUUUAAUUAUAAAAAUGCCACCUUAAUCUUUUUUUGCUAGCGGAAACAGAAAACGUAAAAAUAAACUCAGCAUUUCUGUUGGCAUAUCAAGUCUAAUUUUAAGCCCAUUAUUAUAGAGUGCAAAAGCUUCUGAAAAUAGUAUCAUGCUUCAAAACAGGUCAGCUAAAAAUUUGUUAUAAUCCGUUAAAAGAUUAAUAGGGACUCUGUAGGCAUAAUUAUAUGGCUGAAUUAUUAUGAUCUUAUCCCAACUCAGGAGCUGACACUUUAAUAGCUGAAUCUGGCAUUUUGUUAUUUUAUUUGAUCAAGAUCAUUUGGAUAUAUUUAAAUAAUACUGUAUUUUCAAGAAAUUUACUAUUUUCUACCUCUCAUAUUGGCUGUGAUUUAGAACCCUUUUCUGCUUAAUAUGUAACAUUUAUUAGAGGAACAUUUUAAACCCCUAAAGCACUUUAGCUUGCAUAAGUGCUUAAUGUUUUAAGAUUGUGUCCGAUUUCAAAAGAAAUGGGAAUUUAUAUAUGAAUCUUGUUACACCAACCCUGGCUGUCAAUCAGGCAACAGGUCCUGCUACUUCCUGGUUUGGUUAGCUCAGUGGAGCUAAACUCAAGAGUCAGCAAUUGCCCAGAGCACCUGCAUUGCAAAGACUUCACAUUAAGCUGCAUUGGGAAGUCUGUGAUUGGACAGCCACAAAAAGUCUGGGCUGGGAAGAAGGGGAGGACUUACAAAGGCUGCAGACGAGAGAUCUGCAACUUCUACAGGCUGUUUUUAGCUAUACCCAAAUUAAAAUUGCAUAAUUGAAUACAUGUCUGUAUUCAUUGGUGGUAUAUCUACAAAAAAAUUAUUUUCUUUUUUAUUUAUUGGGGGGCAGUGGAGUGUUCCUUUAAUGUAUUUGGUUAGGCUUGAAAUAAACAAUUUAAAUUGUAAAGAUGCUUGUAAAAUGGUCUGAAUGUUUGUGUGUGUGUUUGUUUGUUUCCAUAUAUAUAGCAGUCUGUGGGCACAGUUUCAUGAUAUUAAAGGGACACUCCAGGCACCCAGACCACUUCUGCCAAUUGGAGUGGUCUGGGUGCCAACUUCCAUCACCUUUAACCCUGCAAGUUUAAUUAUUGCAGUUUUUAUAAUCUGCAAUAAUUACCUUGCAGUGUUAAGUCCUCCUCUAGUGGCUGUAUAUCAGACAUCGGCGCUGAAUUCAGGUAAGUCAGCAACAUGGAUGGGGGGUGGGAUGGGGGGUGCGAGGGAGAGGGGUACUGUAGGAUUCUGCAGUGCCAGGAAAACGGAUAUGUUUUCCUGGCACUGGAGAGUCCCUUUCACUGUCAGAGCAUAGUGAUAGGGGGAUAUUAACUGGUUACGUUGUAGUAGAUUGGGAAACAUUUCAAUGUAAUUUACUCUUGUGUGAAAAAUGUGUACAUUUGGUGGGAGGUGCACAUCCAAUUGAUCAGAUUUAUGGCAGAGGAAAAAGUAAAUAAUUCACUAACUGAUUUACAUUAUUGUGCUAAAGAGUUAUUGCAUCACAAGUUUCUUAAACAGCAUGAAAUCUAUUAUAAAAAUUGUCUUAAAACAUUCAUAGUAUUAGAAAGGUUAACACAAUAAAUAUAAAGUUGUGUAUGCUCAAUUGACUAUUUUAAGAAUUUUUUUUCUUGUGACACAAAUGUUUUAAAUGAAACAAAGUCUUUCUAACUACAACAAAUAUCAAAUACUAAUUAAUAUUUUAUAUUUGCAUUUCUUUGUCACUAUAAAUGACACUUCUGCUAAACAGGCCUCUUCCUGAAGAUACAGGAAUGGACACACUUGGCAGCCCUACAGAAGAUGACAUCACCUCUUGUAAGUACCACCACCGCAUCUUGCGAUCACACAUGGUGAUGACAGCCUCAUAUUCAUGUAUGUAUAUUUUGCUCAGCUCCUCCGAGUACGCUAAACAUAAAUGGAUCUCAUCGCAAACGAAAGACUCUUGUGGCUCCAGAGAUCAAUAUUUCCCUUGACCAAAGUGAGGGCUCCGUGCUUUCUGACGAUUUCCUGGACACACCAGAUGACCUAGAUAUAAAUGUAGAUGACAUUGAGACUCCCGAUGAAACAGAUUCUUUGGAGUUUGUGGGAAACGGAAAUGAGUUGGAAUGGGAAGGUGAGUGUUUAUCUUAACAAAGUCUCAAUUGUUGUGAAGACCUCCAGAAUUUGUCAUACAUCACAGUGGUGAAACUAAAAAAAAUGUGAAUCCUUCUAUUGUCUGUCAAUUAGAUGCCCUUUACAUUCAUUCUAACCUUAAAUGUUGAGGUCUUGACCUAGUAAAACUCUCUAUACAGAGUAAUAAAUAGCCAUGUAUCAUUCUCAAGUAUCACAGAUUGAUAAAUAUGGAGAGAAUGUGAUAAUUACUUUAUAUGGUUUACGUGCAGCAUUGUAAUAAACAGAUUUGACUCUUCCCCUUUCCUUAAAAUGCACAUUGACAUAGUGCAUAAAGUCAAAGGAGUGGUGCACACAAGCAAGUUUACGUGGAAGCUCUGUGGAACGGGGCCCGCAGCCCACCAGGAACAACAAGAAGAGAUACAGUUCCACAGGCAUCACAAUGUAGGGUGAAGGCAAAAAAAUAUUUAUUGGAGAUCAAAAAGGACAAAAAAAGAUGUUUCGGCUUAGAGGCCUUAGUCAUGUAUCAUACAUGACUAAAGCUUCUAGGCCGAAACGUUGUUUCUUUUUUUGUCCUUUUCAAUCUCCAAUAAAUAUUUUUUUUGCCUUCACCCUACAUUGUGACCCCUGUUGACAUAGUGCAGUCCAUCCGGUUGACAGCCACUAGAGUCAGUCUUAACACUGCAAGGUAAUUAAUGCAGUUUCCCAGAAACUGCAAUAAUUACAAUUGAACGAUUAGGUGACAGGGUCACUGCACCCAGAUCAGUUCAAUGAGCUGAAGUGGUCUGGGUACCUAUAUUGUCCAUUUAACAAUCAGCUCUCCAACCACAAAUGGUGAAAAUAUUUCUUGAGGAACCCACCUCAUGCAAAUAGUAAGUUCCUUUACACUCAAAAACCACCGAAACAUAAGAUGCAAACUUAAUUGUAAAAGAUAGAGAAAAUAAAUCAAGAGAGAAAUGGAGAGAGAGAGAUACAGUCAAAUUCAGUUUUAUUAUUGUUUCUGGGUUAUUGAAAUAAUUACAUGAAAACUGAAUUAGUGUAAAGAUUGAAGAGAAGGUUAAAUGACUACAAAAGUGGUGCUGAAAAUAACAAAAACAAGAGAGUUCUAUGGAUCCUAAAAUACAGCUAUUCAGAAGUACAUCUGAGUUUCCAUGCCUCCCAACAUCCCUGAAUCCAACAGGACAGUCCCAGAGAAUUGGGCUCAGCAAGUGCAUCAUUGAACAAAGCCCUCUCAGGACAUUCAGCCCAUGGACAGAGAGCUUCAGACGUGUCCUGCUCAUAGGCAGUCCUUACUGGAGCUGGGCUUCCCUAGUGGCUGACAUGCUCCUUUUCAGGCAAACCUGCCUCCUUUUUGGGAAGGCCAUCCCCCUCACCUCUUCGGUCCACCCAAGUUGAUACCUCACCUAACUUGGGUCCCAAGAUGAUACCUCACAAUGUCCGCUUUGUUUUCAGUUUAGCUACUUUGACUUAAAAUGUUAAAUUCAUAUUAAUUUCCUGACCUUUCCCACUUUAGUACACAGGCAAAUUGGCGAUUUUAGAAACACUGACGUACAUAAAAGUGAGCUAGUAAUCUGAAGAUAUUAACUUACCAGAAAUUGCUCCCAUGUACAUUGGAUACAUGGUGUAUUCAUUGUUAAGCAUAGAUAUUUACUCCUCCAUUCCAGCGCCCACCUUCUGCCAUCCUCCGCUUCCCUUCUGCCUCCGAUCUUUUUUGAUUUACCCUGCUUUGGGACGCAUCCCCAAGCAAGGCAAACUUCAUUCAUGACACUGGCACACUGACUCCUCUUGGGAAUUUCCAUAGCAACCUGAGGCAGGCAGGGCGUGAGUGUCACAGUGCCAGUCACUUGUAUGGGCACUCUGUUCAUGAACUGCAUCUGCAGCCUAAACCUUUCUCAGGAACCAUUUCAAGAACUAUGAAGCAGCAUAACUUAAAUAUUAUAUCUGAAUAUUCCAUAGGUUACCCAGAUGUUUAAGUAGAUAGUACAGUGGUUUGUUCCAUUGACUAAUGCCAUUUGCAUCAGUGCAAUUCUUUGUAUUUUGUUGGCUUCUAACCUUUUUUGACAAGGAGCGCGUUUCAUUGUCAUUUCAGUAGUUUAACAGUCGGCAAUGCGCUAGUUUUACUGUUUCGGUGUAUGCAUAAAGAGUUAAUUUAUUUAUUUGCUCUCCAUUAAUACUGAAAACAUUUAGUCUUAUAGAGUUGAGGCAGAUUGUUUGGUACUCACUUGGCAGAAUUUAGCAGUGGCCGGGGCGAUCUAACAGCCAGGUGGCACUGCUGACAAGUCUCUGCGUUCUGCUGAACGUAAUAAUAGCUGUUCGUUAUACAGACAUAAAUUCAUAUAUAAGUGUGAUUCACGUGAGUUGCUUCAUAGAACAUUCAAUAAUUUCUUUUACUUUAAAAAAGUAUGACAAAUAUUAAAAACCUCUGAAAAAUAGGUGCUUGUGUCAAAUCAAAACACAGCUAUUCUUGAAAACAUUAUAUCCAGAUUUUUUUAAAUUGUCUAUAGAAAAUCAGAGCAAAUUAUUUUUCUAAUGAAUUCUUUACUAUGUAAUAUUAUAAAUGUAUGGACAAAAAUAUAAUUUUAUAUAUAUAUAUAUAUAUAUAUAUAUAUAUAUAAAUGUAUGGAGUUGUCCUCUUGUAUUGCAAUUACCAUUUUCCUUGGGAUAUUCUAGAUGAUACACCUGUUGCGAAUGCCAAGAAUAUGCCAGGAGACAGCGCUGACCUAUUCGGUGAUGGAGGAGCCGAAGAGGGCGGACCCACCAAUGGACGCAUGUGGAGAACGGUUAUUAUAGGAGAGCAGGAGCAUCGUAUCGACCUACAGAUGAUAAAACCUUAUAUGAAGGUGGUGACACAUGGAGGUGAAUAGGGCAGUGAUCCUCAACCUUUUUAGGUCCAAGUCCUUGGAAGUGAUCGAUAAUAUUCCAAGGCACACCUUAUAAAUUUUUAAUUUCCCUUCGUCAGCAGCUUAAAGGGACACUAUAGCACCAAAAGAACUGUAGCUUAAUGGAGUGGUUUUUCAUGUAUAGAUCAUGGCCCUGCAGUCUCACUGUUCAAUUCUUUGCUAUGUAGGCUUCCCUGGCUAUGACAGAAAGGUUUCAGAUCUUACUUUAGACGUUUUAUUUUCCUGCUCUGCUAAUUGAACUUUAUACAUGUACAGGAGGCUCUAGAAGGCUAUUAACAGAAACAUAGCAAUAAUUUUUUACUAUAGGUCCCUUUCUGUUCUACUCCCUUUGAUAUUAAAAAUGAAAGCUUAAAAGAGAUUACUUAGCUUGUUUUCUGCACCGAGUCUUCUCAGCUACAGCCGCUAGCUCCACCUUCGAAGAUGUCAACAUACGACGUCCGCAGUCUUCUCCAAUCUGAAGGAGGGACUGCCUCUAUUGGCUGUCACUGAAGGCAACCACUAGAGGUGUAUCUAACCCUUCAUUGCCAAACUGCAGAGUAUUUUCCAUUGCAGCGUUAAAAUGACAGGAGCACUGUCUGCACCCAGACCACUUCAUUGAGAAAAAGCGGUCUGAGGGACUUUAGAUUUUGAAGAGUGCUGAACAUAAAAAUAAAUUGCUGCAUUUUUGUGAUAAUUUUCUUUGUAAAUCAGUAAAUACUGCAGUAGUACAUAGAUACAGCGCAAAUACAUGGUCACAAAAAUAAAAAUCGAAUGCUAAAGAAAUAUUUAUUUAUUUAAAUGCACAUUUAGUCCACUAAUAAAAAAGAAUAAUUGUUGAUAUAUUAUUUGCUUUUUAAUUGCAGUGCCAGUAAUUGUUGCAAAUUGUCAUUUUAUGUCUUGCACAGGAUACUACGGAGAAGGUCUGAAUGCCAUCAUUGUAUUUGCCGCUUGUUGUCUACCAGAUAGUAACUGUCCUGAUUACAACUAUAUCAUGGAGAAUCUCUUCCUGUAAGUGAGAAGAACAUAUAUGCAUUUAUAGAGAUGGAGUGGUGGGGGCUAUAUUAACAUGUCACACGACCUUUAUCAUAAUGUAACACUCUACAUCUUAAAUAAAAAGCAAUCAAACGGAAAAAUAUUCUAAGGUACUAAAUAAUGAGAGAAAUAUCAGUAGUAAAUCACUUUAGAUAUAUCUGAAUAUAGAACAAAUAAAUAAUAGUGAGCGCAUCAAAAUAAUCUAAAUUAUUUCAUAACCAAUCCAGCAGGAACAGAAUUAUAAAAAGUAUCCAAACUGCAAAUAUUCCCAGGUACUAAAUAAUGAGACAAAUAUCAGUAGUAAAUCUCCUAUGAAAUAUGAAUACACAGUUACUAUAAUGUAGCAAGUGGAGUAACUCAAUAGGAUCACUGAUACACUAAAUACAUAGUUGAUCUAAAUGACAAAAUACUGGUGAAACACAGUCUCAAAACACCCUCCAUUGGGGGCCCCCACCGGUAAACUCUGGAGUGAAGUUUUAUCCUGCUGCUGGGGUCCACAAGUCCUGGGAUGACAGUGGUAGAGGUAAGAAAGAGAUAGGAGGGCAGGGAGCUCAACCCUCAGCUCCCCAGUUUGAACUGCCAGGAGCUAAACCUCCUGUAUAGGAGGGGGCUAGUAGCACAAACACUUAACCCUGUUCGUAUCGAACAUCGCCGGGCUGGGGGAGCACACCAGUCUGCAAGCCGAUCUCCACACCAAUAUUUCUAUCCACGCUUUGUCCAUUUGAAAUGUUGAGAGGGAUAAUUUAUGGUUACUUGUCAUGUCGUUUUUGACCCUGCUGUAUUUUAUAUCUGUAUAUAGAAAGCAUUUGAGUUUUUUAUACACAGCUGGAGAGACAUUUAUUAGCAUUUAUUCUGCUCUAUACUGUUUGUUUUUGGCAGGUAUGUGAUCAGCAGUCUGGAGCUACUGGUGGCUGAGGAUUAUAUGAUUGUUUAUCUGAAUGGAGCAACACCGCGGAGACGAAUGCCUGGGUUAGGGUGGCUGAAGAGAUGCUAUCAAAUGAUAGAUAGGAGGUGUGUAAUGGGAAGAUUGUCUUGUAACCACUUUUGUCACUUCCAACAAAAAUAUUUGGCAACAAAGAAAAUUAAAUUACAUAGCAGGCAGUUAUUAAAGGGGCUCAGUAGUCCUGAAAACUACAUUAGCGUAAUGAAGCAGUUUUGGUGUUUAGAUCACGUCCAUGUAAUCUCACUGCUCAAUGCUCUGCAAUUUUGGAGUUAAAUCACAUUAUACAGCCCUAGUCACACCUCCCUACGAUAACAUGCACAGCCUUCCUAAACACUUCCUGUAAAGUGAGAUCUAAUGUUUAUACCUUUAUUGCACAGUCUGUUUAAUUUGGAAUUAAACCAUUUUCUCAUGCAGGCUGUGUCAGUCACAGCCAGGAGAGCUGUGGCUAGGGCUGCAUUAACAGAAACAAAAGUGAUUUAACUCUUAAAUGACAGAUAAUUGAGCAGUGACACUUCAGAGGCACAAUCUCUACACCAGAACUGCUUAAUUAAACUUGUUGUUUUGGUGACUAUAGUGUUCCUUUAAAGAGGAAAAAAAUAUAUAAACAUACACAUGACAAUGUCCUUUAAAUAGUAUUCAUUUGUUUUAAACUAAUAAUCUGUUGGGGUAGGUAGAGUUUAACCUCUUGCACACCCCUGUAUCUACUGUUAAGCCACCAGAAGGCAAACAUCUAAUUGAAGCACAAUCCAUUACUUCAGUAAAAAUGAAAAAAACAUAAUUUAUUACUCCUAAUAGGUAAUUAGAUAUCUUCUUAGAUCUGCAAGUGAUCAGAUACCUUCUACUUCUCCUUUCCUUUAAUCAUAUGUAUUUGCUGCCGAAGAACUAUAUUAAACGCUGAAAUGAUCAUAGACAGUGUUAAAUAGCUAUUAUGUCUAUUUUAUUUUCGUAUUUAUUUUUUUAUCCCAUUAUAUAGGGGAAAUAUUAAUUGUUUAUCAGACCCUCUUUCUGUCAUUAGUGGGCUGGUCUGAAACUGAGAAGUAAGUGUAGGUAGGGGGCAUCAUUGCUGAAGAAUCUCCUGCAGCUAAGAGGCGUGCCCAACAAUGCAAUCUGACCAAGUUUAUAAAUGUGUAUGACAUGCUUUUCAAAGGCAUGUAAAUACUCCCUAUUAUCUGAGGAGGGGUUAACCAGGAGAGAGGAUGGAGGGCUGACUGGGAUGAGAGAUGGUCCAAUGCAUAAUAUUUGGGAGUUUUGCUUACAAUUGUUGUUGUAUUACUUUUCUCAAGUUUUCUAAACUCUCUGUUAUGUCAGUUAUUGUAGCAUUCCAGUAAUGUAAAUAUUGCAAAAAAAUUCAAGGGUGUGUUACUUUAAUGAAUAGUUUAAACCCAUUAAAAGAAGUAAUUAUCCACUAAACUUAUUUUUGUUUUUUUUAUGUGUGUUUUUUUUCUUGUUUGUUUUUUAUUUUCAUUUAUUUGUCUGCAGACUAAGGAAAAACCUUAAAUCUUUGAUCAUCGUGCACCCGUCCUGGUUUAUUCGGACAGUCCUGGCAAUCUCCAGACCAUUUAUCAGGUAAUGUACUGGCCAGAUUUUCCACAAGUUUGCAAAAUUGUGAGAUCCUAGACAAAUAACCACUGAAGAUAAAAAAAAAUUGUUUUAAAAAAAAAAAUGUAAUUUUAAGAAGCAAACCUUAAAACAUAUAAGCAUAGUUCUGGUAGCGGAUACUUUUUAGGUAAUUACUGUGAUUUUAUUUUUUUGUAAAUCUUUAUUUUUGAUCGUGCAUGGGAAUACAAUGCGACCCGCAAUACCACAACAGCAAAUGGAGGUGUUCGUUAAAUAUACAAUAAAACAGUGAACAUAACAUCAGCAACAGUUAGAGAUAACACUACGUUUCAUUUCGAGUAAACAGCACGGUAUUUUAUGUUCGAAGUAUAGUAGCUAAACUGCGCUUUUUGAAUUGUGUGAGUAGGAAAAGUGGUCAGCGGAGAGACAAAGCGUUUAAGAAAAGAAUCUGGUUACACUGACUGACUAGACAAGGGGUGUGAACAAAUGGAUACGAUUUAGUACAUACUGGCCUGAUUAGUAAAAAUGUUACUUUGAUUUUAUUGUCAUACAAGGAUUAGUGCAGAACAAAGCUGCUAUGUUAAAUGAGCAAGAUGCAAUAUGAUGUUUUACUGUCAGAAAAUAAUGUCAGCCAAAAGUAGUCAUUCCACCUCUAAUACAACUUGUGCUAAGUUGGGAGUGUGAAGUCGGGACUGAAGAGAGGGCUUAUGGGGGAGUACCAGGGAAGCUACUUGUGUCACUGUUGAUGACCCAGAUGGGUAGUCCUGCCGGUAAAGGAGGCAGCAAUGACCAAAGCAGGGGUUUGUGAGCCUGGCGUGAAUGCUCACCAGGCGAACUGUAUGCCCAUCCAAACUCAGGUCAAUGAAUGUGCAUGUGUUUAAUGCCCUCACUGCAGUUGGCAUAGUUCGAGUACAUCUUUUCUCACUGUGCUGGUUGGAAACAAUUCUCUUGUAUCUCAAAAUGCAGGACACCAGAGAACCAACUGCGGCCUAAAAUCUCUAUGAUGUCACCAUACCCACAACCAGGGGCGUUUUAGCCGCGAGGCAAACAAGGCAUUUGCCUUGGGCGGCAUUUUUCAGGGGGCGGCAAAAAACGCCGCCCCCCAAAUGCCCAGGCAAAUGCUUUGUUAGCCUCGCGGCUAACUGACCGGCUGGGCUGGCGGGCGGCGCUGGGCAGGCGGCUGGCGAGGGAGCUCUUCCCCUGAGCGGUCCGCUCAGCUCCCUCGCGCGCCGCAGAGUGAGGCUGGGAACCGGAAGAUGACGUCAUCUUCCGGCUCCCAGCCUCACUUUGCGGCGCGCGAGGGAGCUGAGCAGACCGCUCAGGGGAAGAGCUCCCUCGCCAGCCGCCUGCCUAGCCCAGCCGGCAUCCACUGGACCACCAGGGAGGUAAUGAACCCCUCCCCCCCAGCACUCCCAAAGGUAAGGGGGGGGCUAAAUAAAAAUAAAUUAAAAAAUGUGUUAAUGUGAGUGAGUGAGUGUGUGUCUGUUAAUGUGUGUGUGUUUUGUUAGUGUGUGUGUGUCUGACUGUGUCUGUUAGUGUGUAUGUCUGACUGUGUGUCAGUGAGUGUGUGUUUGCCUGUGAGUGUGUGUGUCAGUGAGUGUGUGUCUGUUAAUGUGUGUGUGUUUGUUAGUGUGUGUGUCUGCUAGUGAGUGAGUCUGUUAGUGUGUGUCUGACUAUGUUUGUCUGUUAGUGUGUCAGUGAGUGUGUGUGUGUCUGACUGUGUGAGUGUGUUUGCCUGUGAGUGUGUGUGUUAGUGAGUGUGUGUCUGUUAGUGAGUGUGAGUGUGUCUGUUAGUGUGUGUGUUUCUGUUAGCGAGUGUAUGCGUAUCUGUCAUUGAAUGUGUGUGUGUGUAUUUAGAAGGCGGGGGGGGUUGGUGCAGGGGGGGUUGGCGCGGGGGGGCGCCUGCGUUUUGUCCUGCCUAGGGCAGCAAAAAACCAGGAUACACCACUGCCCACAACAGUUUAGGGGUAAUGUUUAAAGUGUUCCAGGACAUCUUUAGCCUUGUUGGAUAAACAUUCUAAAUAAUAUCAUAUUUUUGGAUAAACAUUUUAACUUAUUAAAAUAUAAAAUAAAUAAGUCAAUAUAUAAAAACAAAUUAGCAAAAUAUUACAAAAUUAAGAUUUUUUUAAUAAAAUUAAAUCACUUUAACAGUUCAUACAAAAAUUGUACUGGAAGACAUUAUUUAGGAACAAACGCAAAAUAGACACCUGAUAAUUUCGCGUGAGAUAAUCUAUGAAGCCAAUAUGUCUUACGUUCUGUAUUUACAGUAUUGCAAGGAAUCACUGACCUGUGCUUACAUAGGAUACUUUUGCAAGAAAUUACAAGGAUAGAAAAUAUAGAUCUCACGGUAGAAAGAUCUAUUUCCAGUCCUCAGCAAGACUGGGAUAAAACUUUAAGAAAGCUGAGUUCCUAUAAACAGGCUAUAGUCAUCUGUAAAACUAGCAAAGAACCAUGAAAAAAAGUAUUUUAAUUCUCAAGUCGAAAAACUCCUCUUGUCGAGGGAUACCAGAGACCGAAUUGCUUAAUCGUAUACACCUUCUUCUGAAUUCUACAUACUACAGGGCAACCCUUUUCAUGUGCUGCUAUCAAUAUGUAUAUAUGAUAUGGGCUUAGGAAAACAUGGUGGAUCUAAUCACCCUGGUCACGUGUCCUUAAAGGAACACUAUAGGGUCAGGAACACAAACAUGUAUUCCUGACCCUAUAGUGCAAAACCCACCAUUUAUGUGACUUGCCCCCCCUCAGCCUCCUCAAUAGGAAUUAAAACUCACCUUAUUUCCAGCGCCAUGUGGGUCCUCCGGUGCUAGCUCGGCCCCUUUGGUGACAUCAGCAUAAUUGACGAUUCUUUGCCAAUCCAAUGCUUUCCCGUGGGAAUGCAUUGGAUUGGAUAAAAUCGGCAAGGGGGUGGGGCCAAACGCCAUUUUGGCCAAUCAGCACCUCCUCAUAGAGAUCCAUUGAAUCAAUGCAUCUCUAUGAGGAAAAUUCAGCAUCCCCAUGCAGUGCGUGGAGACACUAAAUGGCAGUGCUUCCUACUGUGCAGUACUGCCCCAAGAAGCAUCUCCAGUGGCCAUCUGAUGAGUGGCCACUUGGAGGUAUCCCUAGGGGCAAUGUAAACACUGCCUGUUCUCAACAAAAUAUUGUUAAAGUCAGUGCCAAAGGACAGUACACUGCUUGUGACUAUAAUGAAAAAUGUGUAUCAACAAUAGCAUAAAGUAAUAAAUGGGAAAUGGGUAACAUGGCAAAUAUUUAGCCAAGAUUUGAGUGCCAAGCAUGUGUGUUUCACAUAUGGAACCUGAAAGGGUGUCCUCCUCCUCCCUGUUUUGUUAACAGAGAUAUGAUAUUUUUUUAUAUUCACCUUGACAGCCAAUUAUAACAUCAAAUCUUAAUAUCUUAAUUCAAGUUUAAUUACGGUAAUGUAAUGUUUACAAGGGAUCAGUGAGCUACUCCAAGUUGGCAGUCUCACCUUUAUCUCCAUUGGAAUGUAUAAUAAUAAUAAAUACAAAGUUUAAACAAAGUGUGAUUCAGUUCCCUCACCGAUCCACCAUGUGGAUCUUGUGAUGUGUGAUGGUCAGGUUACAAUGUCUCAAGGUUACUGCUCGGUUGCCAGGUUAGCACUGUGUAAUGUACACACCGAGAGCUUCUGCUUGCAUCAGCAGGGGGAUUUGGUAACUGCUACCCAGACACAGCAAGUAAUUUAUUACUCUAAUAAAACUUCCUGAUCUCCACGCACUAUUGUAGAUCAGGGUGAGACACUAACAGGUUCUUCCAGAUGUCAGUGUUCUAAUGCAGAUAGCCAUUUAAGUAGAGCCAUGUCACGAACUGCUGACUGUAUCUGCAGUUAUAGACCCAAUAAGGUCAUAAUAGACUGGUCUCAUAAUUGACCCUGUAACAUUAAAAUAAAUGCAAACAUCCUAUUAUUUUUGGGCCUUGCUGCACUCAGGAUACUGCUAAGCAAACAUUGUGGAUUUUGCAUUAUUGGCACACACACUGCAAGAAAGCCACAGUGCAAAAUCUAUAAACAUGCAAUAAACGAAAGAAAACAAACAAUAUUAGAAUAGGACAGUCCUGGAUCAUCAUUGGUUUUUCUUCUUCCUACAUUUAUAUUGUUACUUUUGUUUUAAAAAAAAGUUACACUUAAUAAACUCAAUAAAAUACAAAACAGGGGGGCGGGGCUGUUGGCCAUGCUGACCGGUUGAAUGUCGGAGAGGCUCUGAAAGGAUCGGGCAUUGUGAGCUAAUACUCACGGCUCACAUGAUUAUAAUGAACCGGAACGUUCAAACGAAAUAGAGCCGCAGUGGCUGGUGCAACAGCGGACUCCAAGAUCGGGAGCAUCGGAGCACUAAUGGUGAAACGAGGCUUUGGAGUCUGCGGCCUGCUCUGGGUUGAGUGGGGUGAAUGGCCGGCGCCCUGCUUUCUCCCCAGCUACCACACACUGGCACAUUAUGGUGCCUGCUGGCCCCGCUGACCCCCCCUAUGGACUGGUGGGGGUUAUCCCGGUCCCCACUGGAGGGAUCCAAAGCUGCAAAAAGAAAGAGGUAAUAACUGACCCAGCACUCAGAUUCCUGUGCUCUGUUCCUAAAAUGGCAGCCAACCAAGUAUUCCUCACAACUCCCACUCUGAUUAACUCGCAAGCAGAUCCACCACUGACAGAGGUGAUCCAAAAUAUUCACCCACAACGGAACCAACGAUGGAGGUGAUCGACACCCUGCGGGACAAUAAGGGGAUUGCACACUACCACCUUGAGCAGCCGGAGGAUGGCUCUCAGCAAGGCUCACUUUCACUCCCAGCAGCCAGAUCUGGUUCCUGCAGCUACUUAACCAGGCCUGGAAACUGAAGGACAUGUUGGACAUAUCCACCUCAUGCUACACAACGCCAACAGAACCUAGUCAGCUCUGGGAUGAAGGGGAGAAACGGCAGGCUCUCUGGAUUAUCAACUACACAGGGCGACCUAGAUGGGAGGAAGCUUACUACACAAAGGGUCUGCAGUCAGUGUCUCAUGUUAUUCAUAGCCUCAUGCUUCUAUCAUUAUUGAUGGUAGAGACCUUGCCUAAUGCCAGUCACCAUUCUGCUUAGGAAUGCCCCUUUCUAUAUUUUCACAUAGUAACCAGAGCCCAGUGGAACUAAGUCCAAUCUGUUUGAUAAGUUAGUUCAGCAUGCUUAAUAAGUUACAUUUGAGCUUAACUCCUGUGUUUAAGUAGACAUGUCAGCCCAGUUUUAUGCACUAUUCUCACUCCUCGUUUCUAGACAGCACUCUUAGCUAGCUGAAUAUUGUGAAGAACGCUAUUGUGGGCAUGAUGGCUUAUCAUUUUCUCCUGACAAAUAACCUACAAUUGUUUAUUAAGCAUGUCCACUAUAUCUAUGUUUCUUGCUAGGCAUACAACUGUCACUACGCUCUACUACUCCUCUCCUAUUCAGGUCUUUAGACAGAUUGUUAAUGUUGUUUAUUAUAAUGUUACAUAUAUCUGUAUACAAAACGAUGUAAGACUCUCAGACAUAAGCUGAUCACCUUCAAUGUCAUGUUUCAUUAAUAUGUCACUACAAGCCUGUCUGUAUCAAUGCAUCACAAAAAAUAAAGAAUACAAAAAAAAAUACAAAAAAAUAAAAUAUGUAUUUAUUUUUAUAUUACACUAAACUUUGGUAGAAAGUGGUAGUAAAAAGGACAUCUGCGGUAUUAAAGGAUGCCUCAGUUUCAUCCAUUGACCUCUGUGUUGUACGCUUGAGCAUGCAAGUAAGUAUAUCCACCUUUAACCCAGCCCUGUCGCCAUUGCACUUCUAACAGGAACCUACCUUAAGAGCCGUAGCAAAAAACUACUUGAAAUCCUAACCAUAUUAUUUCUAAAAUCAGAACUAAUGUUUUUUGUUUUGUUUUUUUUAUAAUUUUUUUUAGUUUUUGCACUAGUUCUGGUUAAAUUCUAAUAAGCAUGGCAAUAGAAAAUGUGUAACAUUAAGUAGGUAAUCAAUUUAACACAAAUGCUCUCAGACUGAUUGGUUUUAAGUCCAACCUCCCCUCCUCACAUCAGGGUAUCAGUAGCAUUUGUAAACACUCUUUACUGUGGUAGCGGGGCAUAAGCCUAUAUUGUUUUAUUUUUAUUUUAGUACGGUUUAUAGUAAAUCAUUAGUUUAAACUCAGUAUACUGCUUCAUCUUGUGUGCAACCUUAAGAGAUGUAUUGUACGUCUAUUAGUCUGUCCACGCUAAAUUCUAAAACUUAUUCCACCGGAUGUUAGGCAUAUUACAAGAUCUGUAUACUUGAGAACCAACAUGUUUUUGUAUGCCUAUUGUAUAUGACACAAUAGGCAUAGUAUACAAUAGCAUAUCUUUAUCUAUUGAUAUCAUAUCUAUUAGUGUCUUAUUAGUUGUCUGUGUAUUUAAUCAAAAAUAAAGAAUUGGGGGGGGAAAAAAACACAUCUUCAAUCUGAUAUUUUGUAAGCAAAGAAAGUUAGGAGGAAAAAGACCCAGACUACGUCAAACAAGUAUUUACAGCAUGCAGUAACCUUAUGUGAAAUUGAAAACACUGAACACUGACUUUUUCUUUUGCAGUGUGAAAUUUAUCAAUAAAAUUCAGUACGUGCAUACUCUGGAGGAUUUGGAGAAGAUAAUUCCAAUGGAAAAUGUACAUAUCCCCGAAGGUGUCUUGCAGUAAGUUAGUGGUGUUUAAAUAUCUAUCGUUUUUUAGCCGUGGCCACCCUUUCCACUUCCUUCUAACAGAUAUACACUCACACAGCUAUAAUGUUAAAGCAAGUCUGUACUGUCCGUUCAGGGAAAUAUAUAAUGGUGUAUCGCUAAUUAAUUCAUAAGGAGUUGGACACUCUUUAAAAAUUGGAGAUUUUGUCUAAGCCAAGUUUAGUGGAAUGCGAAUGGAACACAUAUCCUCCUGAGACCCAGCCCAUUAACUUGUGUCCUCUGUACUGGACACUUCGUUCACAUGCAUCUCCUUUUAUUCGUUUGAGCUACUCUAUCAUUCCCUGUUGUAUUGUAAGGAGGACAUCCUGGGCUUUCCAGUGAUAUGUCAUGUGAUAGGCUAGGAUGCUGGGAACUUUCUCUUACUUUUCAUCAAAAAUGGAAAGAAAUUGGAAGACAAUUUUCUUCCUCGGUUCCCAGGAGGAUAUGUAAAGUCCCAAUCACUUUUAAGACAGUGCCCAUCUUCUGUAACAGUAGUAAUUUUUUUUUAUAUUUUAAUAGAAUGACUGAGAGAAGGUUCUUCUUGAGGGUUUUCACUCUUUUUCCCCAGGGUUUUUGUGUUGGAACAAGCAAUUCGGACAUAUUCCUUGAAGAAUAUAUAUUAGUAUGGAUAAAAAUGAGACUGGGCAUUCAAGGUGGAAUCAUCUAGACUUUAUUCAGAUAUUAAAACAUGAAAUAACGUUUUAGUCACAUAGCCUGGCUGAAACGUCAUCUAAUGUGUUAAUAUCCCAAUGAAGUCUGCAUAAUAACACCUUGAGUGCCCAGAUCCUCAUUUUUAUUUGGAUUGGAGAAAAAGGGUAUUUGGCAUCCUGGGUUCAGGUUGCACCGGUGGGGUGGAGAAGGAUAAAGAGUAAGGCAGCGUGUAGUCCCUGUGGAGAUGCUUCAGAUAUACAUGGAACAAAAUUAUAAACACAACACUUUUGUUUAUAUGUACAUAGAAAAAGUCUUAGAUCUUUGAGUUCAGCUCAUGGAAAAUGGGAGCAAACAAAAAAGUGAUGUGUUUAUAAUUUUGUUCAGUGUACAUUAGUCUGGAACUUACUUUUUAGCUGAUAAUCUGGAUCUCCAGGCUGAAAGCACAAAAGCCUGCAAGGAACCUAGACAUUUUUGGAAACUACCAAAAGUUACACAUUCUCGCAAAGUGGAUUGACUCAUAUACUCAGGAUACGAAGGAUUCACAUUUUCUCUAAGGUGGCCUGGGUCAUUCUCUAAUCACAAUUUCACGUAAGGCAUGAACGAUCUCUGGAGCCCCUUUCCUACGAUAUAUAAAAGUUACUUUAGAUUGGAGUGAAAUACAUUUUUUACUUGUACGAGGGCUACUGUCAUAAUCCUAUUUACUGUUUAAAGUAACAUAUCUCAGAUUUUCCAAAAAGUUGUUACUGUAAGAAAAGGCUCGCCAAACUUAUCAAUAGAAUGUCGGUGUUUAGUCUAGCAAACAGAUCUGUGCAAUUAAAGGGUAAACUAUGCUGGUUUUUCUUAAGUAUUGGAUAGUUGGAUGUAUAUACUGGUUUAAUUAAAGCAAAAUGAUAGAAAAGUUUUGUGAAAAUAUGAAAACGGAAAAUAGUAACCAAAUGCUGUCCUGCAGGUUUGAUGAAGAGAGAAUGAAAGCAAGGAGAGAAAGGUAAAAUAUCUUUCUUCUAACCCUAAUUUCCAUGCCAUUUUUAAAAAUCUGUUCACAUACCAGCAUGUUUUUCAUGUUCUUCCCAGGAAGUAGCAGGUUUAACAGCUGAUCUCAUUGUUUACAAAGUAGCACAUUAUUCCAUAAUGGGAGGAGUAGUAUCUAUUGUGACAUUUUCCGCAGCUGUGCAUGGGCUAAUGACUUGUCGCCAAAAGUCUUGACAAGACAAGAACCGUAAUCAUACAGCAAUGUAGGGUUUUUAAUAGGUCACUUUGUGUAGGAACAUGAUUUAAAAUGCAGGCGUAAUCCAACUUGCAGUAAUAUAUCAAACGACAAUAUACAUAAAUAUGUAGAGUAAAGCGCCCAUCUGCCCCACCUCUUACUGCCUUUGCAAGGAUAGUGAUUACUGUUUAUGUUGAUCUUCUGUUAACUUGGAACAGGAGAGAUCUUGUGGUGCUUCUCGUAAUAUGCCUUUAGUACUUGCACAGCAGGGUAGAGCCACAUUGAUGAGUGGAGAAUAGAAAGAUCUGUUAGUUUUGUCGCUUGCAGAAAAGUUUAAAUCUUCUGUGUCUUUGUGUGUAUAACGUGGGAUUGUGUCUGUGCAUUUCUGUGUAAGUCAUAAGUUCUGAUGACUUAAAGGUAGGCAGACAAUGUAAUAGAGCAGCAGGAAAUGCUAGCAGAAUGCUUGGUUGUAUAGGGAGAGGUAUUAGCAGUAGAAAGAGGGAAGUGCUCAUGCCAUUUUACAGAACACUGGUGAGACCUCACUUGGAGUAUUGUACACAGUACUGGAGACCGUAUCUUCAGAAGGAUAUUGAUACCUUAGAGAGGGUUCAGAGAAGGGCUACUAAACUGGUUCAUGGAUUGCGGGAUAAAACUUACCAGGAAAGGUUAAAGGAUCUUAACAUGUAUAGCUUGGAGGAAAGACGAGACAGGGGGGAUAUGAUAGAAACAUUUAAAUAUAUAAAGGGAAUCAACACAGUAAAGGAGGAGACUAUAUUUAAAAGAAGAAAAACUACCACAACAAGAGGACAUAGUCUUAAAUUAGAGGGACAAAGGUUUAAAAAUAAUAUCAGGAAGUAUUACUUUACUGAGAGGGUAGUGGAUGCAUGGAAUAGCCUUCCAGGUGAAGUGGUAGAGGUUAACACAGUAAAGGAGUUUAAGCAUGCGUGGGAUAGGCAUAAGGCUAUCCUAACUAUAAGAUAAGGCCAGGGACUAAUGAAAGUAUUUAGAAAAUUGGGCAGACUAGAUGGGUCGAAUGGUUCUUAUCUGCCGUCACAUUCUAUGUUUCUAUGUGUCAAGAUUUCCUCCAUGGAAGUCUGAAUAGGAAAUUCUUACCCUGCUGUAAGGGACCAGUAUGGCAGGAAAUAAAAGAGGGCUGUUGUAGCUCCAUCCUAAUGUCAUACGUCAGGAACAGUUUAACAAUUUUGUGAUCAUUGGAACCAUAGUAGUCUUCCCAGUAGGCAGAGGUUACGUGAGAGUUCUGACAUCCACUUAAUCUCAUCUUUAUAGUCACUCACCCUGCACGCCAUCUUUGUAUUAGCCAUCUUUGGAACAUUUUUGUGAUCUCAACAGCUGAACGCAUCGAUUCUUUGGUAAUAAUAUAGCCACUAUUCCCUCCCUUAGAAGACUGUACUGUUGGUUACUGCUUAAAGCCAAAUUACGAGUUAUAGUAAGAAUAUAAAAAAAAACAGUCAAGCUUAAAAGUUGUGUUGGUGCAAGGAGUAUCUCAUGAAAAUAAAUUCAUCCUAUGGAAAUUGUAUACUGGACUAGGAUCAUAUCCAACCUUCAAUUCUUGCUACAUAAUUAAAACAAAUACAGAAGUAGCUUAGAAGUAUUACAGAAAAUAAAAAAUGUUAGAGCAGUUCAUUUGUUAAAAUUUUUAAGAGUACCGAGGACAGCUGAUUUUGAUGUUUCAGAUAUUACCAUUGAUAUUUUUGCUAUGACCAUUAUGUCCAGUAAAUUGGGGAUAGUUUUAAUAUGUCACUUUUGUUAUUUUGAUAUUCUUCUUAUAUACUAAAUGAAUGGUUUCCUAAUUUGUAUGAAUUCUCUCACCCAGAUCAGAAAACCUCCAAGAACCCACGGAUACGGGAAGGUAACGCAAUGAGAAUUACUUACAAAUUACUUUCUGUUAUGCUAGACUAUUGUUUGUUUUUUUUGAGUGAAUAUUCACUUUUUCCAGUGUUCAUAAGGCUUCUAACUUUUGCAAAUUGCAAAUGAAUGCCCAUAAAACACAACUCACCUAACCACGCAGAUGAAACAGUUGUAUCUCACAGGGUUCUAUCUUGUACCAUUACUUCCCCUGCCGCGUGAAUGUAAAUGGAUACUGCCCUUCUUUCUCCCAGCUUAUGCCGUAGCUUUUGUAGGUCAAACUUUAUCGCUGCAUUCUAGAACUCAAAAGGGAGAAAUGAGGAAGAGCUCUAAGUAUAGAGAAAUAGAGAUUAUCUGGAGGCUGCAAUCUACAAUCGUAUAGAUCUUUGGUAUUAUUGCACUUACAGUUUGGGUGUGUAACAUUCUGGAAGCAUGCUUAAAAAUCUGCAGUGACAGAAAUGCCAACAGGCAGCUUACCGAUAACCAUAAGAAGAAUACCGUAAUUGACCUAAAGGGUUACUCCUUGCACCAUGGACACUUCACCAUUUUGAAGUGAUUAUGGUGCCUGGGGGUCAGUAUGUGUAGUGUUUGGUUAUGAAAUGUAGCACAUAUAGAGUUCCAGACUGGUUCAUGUCAGUUAUGUGCAUAUGUAGCGACUGAGAGCCAAAGGAGGCAUGCACCAGUCUCAGGGGAAUUCAUUGUCUUUCUUGUCUUUCUUGUUCGAUAAAGCUUAAUAUGUAGAACUGUGUUGAUUUACAUCUGUACAUUAAUUUUUGUGCGUUACCUUUUUUUUAGCAUACCACAAACUGAGAAUGUGCAAGGCAAAUGAAUAUCCGCACUUGAGGAUUCCAUAAUGAUGUCUCAAUCCCCUUUGUUGUAAGAAGACACCUUCAUCAGAACUUCAAGCUUAAUAUUUAAUUUCAAAACCAAGGGUCAACAUUGCAGGGGUUAUAUAAGCAAACUUUUGAUAUACAGACAAUUUAUGUAGAAACUACACUAAUACUUCUAGUGUGAAUAUGUUUUGAUUGUCUCAAGAAAACACCAAAAAAGUUUGUUUUUUAAAGUUUGAGAUUAAUCCAACUUCAUCCAAGUCUUGCUACCAUAUCCUUGAAUAUCGACAUGCGUGUUAAGUGUCAGUGACUAUGUUCGCCUACUCCGUGUUCUUUAAUAUCCUGUAGUACAAGUCCAACAGCAGUGAUGAAGUAUAUGGAUUCAACCAAGGAUGGCAACUGUAUUAAUAACAGCAGACACAAGCUGCAACCUGGUGACAAUCUUUAAUAUAUGGCUCAAAAUUUCCAUUGGCCCACUAGCCAUUGACAAGUGAAAAUUCAUCCUUGGCAAUUAGAUAUUCUCCUCUGGUGAGUGUGCCACAGACCAUCAAGGUUUACAGUGGCAAGUAACUUUAAGGCUUGAAAUCUUGAGCCACAAUAGAUUUAGAAAUAUGGGCCAGCUCAGAUAAGAUACUAUUGAUUCAUAGUAUUAAGCAGAUACACUAAACUUUAUUUGAGAUCUAACUACAAGUGGCACUUUCCUUCUGCACAUAUUACUGAUAUAAAGCAGCUGGAAUCCCAACAUGCCUACAGAAUUGUGCUUGUAAUUUCUAUGAAUGUGGGUUCUGUUAUCAAGUUGGCCCUGUACGUACCUUAGACCCUACACCCAUUUCUGGGAGCUUUUAAUGUCGUUUCCUUGAUAGCAGUCUAAGCAGUUCAAUACAUAGAUUUUGUGGGGUUCAUGUGCAUUUCCACCACUACCCCUAAUGGUCAUCACUACACCUAAUGGAGAAAAGAUGGGCAUGGAAUGAGUAGAGGUGCACAGUACGCCCACCUAGGCAGAGCCACGGACUCAAAUUCUGGUUAAACACAAAUUUCUAGGUGUGCCAACAUCCUGGGAAGCACAUGGUACAUGAUGAACAAUGACUUGUGAUCCCUCUCCCUAUAGAUGACAUCAUUGUCGUAGGAAUUGUUUCCUGCAGAAUGUGGUAACAGAUAGCCGUUGCUCCAACAAUAGUUGUUUCUCAAUUGACAAAAUCUGCACAAUAGAAUAACUCUGCCUCUAACAGUUUUAGUAUUUGUCCUUUGAGCUCGUCUUUGACAAGUUGUCCUGUCGGGGAACCUUUAAAAGAAACUUAAAGUACGUUACGAAUUUUGAUGUUGCACAGAAGAGGAGACAUGUUUGAAAAUGUGUAUAUUUUGUUUCGGGGAUAAUAUGGGGAUAAUUGAAACACAAUUUUGACUACUCUAUCAAUUACUGAUACAAGAUGAUAUAGGACAAACAUUCUGUUUAUGGUAAAACUUAAAUCAUCUUAGCAUUGCUGCAGUUUACAAAAUAAUGGCUAACGUGGUUAUAUACUAACGUGAGAAUUCAAAGUGAAUUUAAAAUUUUAUGCCAAAGUAGCUAAACGGAAAACCUAGUGGCUUAGAGCAAUUUUCCGAUUCAGCCCUUUUUGCCUUAAAUUUGAAAUUUGCUUAGAAUUUUUACUUUGGUAAAUAAGUCGUAGUUAAAAUGAAAAGACCUAAAUUGCUGCAAAACAAAAGAAACUGGAAGCUAAAUUGCUUACAUGCCCGUUAUGAAUCCUGCGAUUACAAUAUGCGUUUUAAGAUGCCAGCCCGGGAUUAGUAAGUAUCCCACCUGAAUUCCUACCAGUAACUAAAAACAGAUCUAUUUAUAACUGUAAAAGCUGUCCAAUUUACAUGAUGUGAUAAUCUUUCUAAUCCACACCGUGGCCACCUGCGUUCACACUUGUAGCAAAAACUAAGUCUGAUACUUCCUAGUUAUGCUACUCUGGUAUGAAUUGUUCAAAGAAUACGCACUAAUGUGUAAUGUGGUUUUUAAUAGUUUUACGUUUAUAAAUUGGUAACACAAAUUACGGUAUAUUGUUUCAAAUUAAGAAAGUGAAAUCAUUUAUAUUUGGAAUAGGAAGAAGAUGUUCGGCAAAGUUUUGCGGAUUUUUUUUUUCAGGUCCAUAGUUGCUUCUCAGUUACAAAAUUUACAGAAAAUCCUAAAAUUUUAUUUAAUCUAAAAUUCUGACAUUAGUUAAAGUCUGUCUUGGGCCAAAUGCAACGAAAGUGGAAGGGAUGACUGACGGACAGUCCGUGAUGGAGACGAGUUGAGGGGUGUGCCUGCUCUGAAAGUUUGUGUGCCAUACAGAGAUGGGCAUAUCAAUCUUCCAUACGUGUAACCCAAUUACAAUUGUUUAUAUAGCGAGAAUGCAUUCAGCAACACCGGAGCCAUUCCUGGAUGGGUGCAGGCCGCCCAGGUGCUCUGUUGAUAGGUGGAGUGUGCAGUGCUAGGGUCCUCCACCUCAGGUAGGCCCCACCCCAUCAUUAGGCCUAACUCAUCACAAGCGGCACCACCGGCAGAGGGGUGGGGCUUACCUGAGGGAUGGAGCCUAAUUCUGCACACAAUGCCUAUUUACAGAGCACUUAGGCAGUCUGCACUCACCCAGGAUCGGCUCUGAGCAGCACUGUAGCAUAGGUAAACAAGAUAAACAAUUAAUUAUAACCAAACAAGUUUGUCAUUCGAGAAGAGAGCCAUGCCUAAAUGAGAUUACAGUCUAAAUAGCUGACAGUCUCUCUGUGCAGAGUGCUCCUGAAGCUGCUAUGGGGUCAAUGCACUAAGAAUAUUCUGCAUAGCAUCGAUUGAUGCGUCAAUGCUGCAGUUUUUGGGGACACAGGGAAUAAACCUACAACACAAGGACUGAACUCCAAAAUUACGACCGUGAUCAGCUAUUGAGAGGUAUGGAUUGGGUCUAAACGUACAGUUACGAUUUAGAACAGUCUGGUGUUUGCUAAUAUGUUGAUAGAAUGUAUCCAAAUUCCAUACAAGGUGUAGGAAUUCAGACAUUUUUCCAAGAUAUAAUUAAAUUCUAGUUUGAUUAUUAGAUGGCAGAUUCAAAGACUUCUGUUUCCUUGUUUUUUGCAUUUGAAAUAGUAGAAAUGUGUAUAAUUUGCCACUGGCUGCGAGACAGUUUAAAAAUAAGAAACAAUUUAGUAAAACUCUUAAGUAUGAGCCUCUGGGACUGACUAAAACCGUAAUAAUGCACUUUGACAACAUAGUUUUUAGUUAGGAACUGGUAGACAUUUAAAGAUACUGCUUGGUUGAUUGGUGGUCUACAAGAUCUUAGAAUUAUUUUUAAUUGGAUGGAUGGAAAAUAGGAAUAACCGGUAACUAACCCUCACAUGGAUGUUUCUGGUUAUUUGGGCAUCCUAAGGACCCCUGUUUCACCUUGUUUCAUUUAUUUUAAGCCGUUGCCCAAUGGUUGAAUCUGCAGCAAUCAAAUGAUCUUAAACAUGCUUGUACUAACUGCACCUCGAAAACUAUUGUAUCUUGGGAAUUCAAAUUAAAGUAAGUUGUUUUUACAAAAAUCAUUUUGAUUAUAAAAUAUGCAUUAAAAUAUGAUGC